AGACCUAAAUCAGGGAUUGAUCUGCGCACGUUUAUGAUAGAUCUCUGAACAUGGCGCUAGUUGGAGCAUUAUUACCUGGACUGAGCUUUACUGUAGGUAUGGUAGUUGCUUUCCUGCUGCUGUUUUUAGUUAUUUCUUACUUCUCCAGCUCUAAAGAUCAGGGAAAAUAUCCUCCAGGACCCAAACCCCUGCCAUUGCUGGGCAACCUGCACAUUCUGGACCUGAAGAACACCUACAUGAGCCUCUGGAAGCUGUCAAAACAAUAUGGGCCAGUUUACACAGUGCAUAUGGGCCCUAGGACAGUGGUAGUCCUGUCAGGAUACAAGGCGGUCAAGGAGGCACUGGUGAACCUUUCAGAGGAGUUUGGAGAAAGAGAUAUCUCACCCAUAUUCCAGGAUUUCAAUGAGGGUUAUGGGAUAGUUUUUUCCAAUGGUGAGAACUGGAAGGAAAUGAGACGCUUUGCGCUGUCAAACCUACGAGACUUUGGAAUGGGCAAAAAGAGAAGUGAAGAACUGAUCACUGAAGAGAUCAAAUAUCUAAAGGAGGAAAUUGAGAGGUUUGGAGGAAAACCAUUUGAAACAAAACUGCCCCUAGCUAUGGCCAUUUCAAACGUCAUCGCUUUGAUUGUCUAUAGCAUCAGAUUUGAGUACAACAGCCCCAAGUUUCACCGUGCGAUUGUACGAGCAAAUGAAAAUGCAAAGUUGGUUGGAUCACCUUCAGUUCAGCUCUACAACAUGUUUCCUUGGCUUCGUCUGUUUGUGGCAAAUCAAAAGCGUGUUGUGGACAAUGUCCAAGAAUCCUUUAAACAAAUUGGGGAAAUAGUGAAUGGUUUGAAGAAGACUCUGAACCCGCAAUCCCCCAGAGGAAUCGCUGACAAAUUCCUCAUUCAGCAGCAGAAGGACAAGGAAUCUGGCAAAACAGACUCAUUGUACAAUUCAAAUAAUUUCCUUACUACAAUUAACAACCUGUUUGGUGCUGGUAUUGACACAACAGUCACAACGCUACGUUGGGGUCUUCUGCUAAUUGCCAAAUACCCUGAAAUACAAGCCAAGGUUCAUGAUGAGAUUGACUCAGUGAUCGGUGAACGUCAGCCGGUGCCGGACGACAGGAAAAACUUACCAUAUACAGAUGCUGUCAUCCAUGAAAUCCAGAGAUUUGCAGACAUAUUGCCCAUCGGUUUACUCCGUCAGACCAGCUGUGAUGUUUAUCUGAAUGGAUACCUCAUUAAAAAGGGCACCAGCGUGUUCCCACUAAUAGCAUCUGUGCUGAGGGAUGAAAAUGAGUGGGAAACACCUGACAGCUUUAACCCGAAACACUUCCUAAAUAAACAGGGCCAGUUUGUGAAAAAGGACGCCUUCAUGCCCUUCGGUGCAGGCCGUAGGCUUUGUAUCGGAGAGAGUUUGGCCAGGAUGGAGCUGUUUCUGUUCUUCACAUCUCUCCUUCAGCAUUUCUGCUUCACUCCUCCUCCUGGAGUGUCUGAAGAUGAGCUGGAUCUCACACCAGUCGUGGGCUUCACACUCAGCCCCAUGCCCCAUAAACUGUGUGCAGUGAAACGAUUUUAACAUUGACAUGUUGUUGGUUUUAUGUUUAAUUUUACAUAUUUGCUUGUAUAUUGCAUUUCAUAGCUUCUAUUAGAUCAAUUUGAUUUCUGAUUCCCCUGAUUUCCUUAUCGAGGAUAUAUGUAUGGAUAUUCUGGUCUGCUCACUUUCCCAAGGAACUCUCAAAAAUGGAUAACAUGGAAUAAAACAUUAAACAACCUAACAUUC